UUGCGAUGUCGUUUUCGGAUUUAGCGUUUGUAUUGUGUCAUUUGUUGAGUUGAGAGGACUUGUUUCUCGACUGCCAUUGAUUUCAAUAAAUCUUUGCUUUCGAAAAAAAAUUUAGUUCAUCCACUAAUAAUAUUUAAAAUGUUGCUAAUGUAUACAGAUAUUCUUUUUUUAUUUUAGGUUUAUAAAUUAAGAAAAAAAUUCUUAAUUUAAAAACCUAAUUAAACAUUUGCCCCCAUUCUGAGCUCCGACUCACGCCUGUCACAACUAGCAAAGCUUGCCCAACGCCGUCACUUUGCUCUCUAUUAUCCUGCCGCCGUCCAUUCCCGCCGCCGCCAACGGUGGUUCUAAACACAUACGCUUCCGCCACCGCCACCGCCACCGCCCUAGCCCCUAUUCCUCCGCCACGUCGAAGCUCGCCCAGGUUUGUGGAAAAAUCAUCAUCUGAAGUAGAAAGCUAAUUAGGCUGAGUUGAUUCUGCUCACUGAAAAGCUUCAUUUUGCACUCGAUUGAAUCAACAACAUGCUUCACAACAAGUCCUUUGUUAAGAAAACCAAAGGUGGCAAAGUUUUGAAGCAAGUAAGGGAGCACUAUUUGCGAGAUGAUAUAUACUGCGGUGCUCCGUUUUGCACGGCUUGUGAUUCCUCUGGUGCUCGCCUCGGUGCUUCGGCUUCCACGAUUCUUGUUCUCGACACCAAUGUUGUUCUCAACCAGAUUGAUUUGCUGGAGAAUCCAGCCAUUGAUGAUGUUGUUGUGUUGUCUAUUGUGCUGGAAGAGGUUAAGAACAAGAAUAUGUCUGUGUAUAACCGGUUAAGAGCUAUCUGUAGCAAUUCCAUGAGGAAAUUCUUUGUUUUUUCCAAUGAAUACCACAGGGAUACGUAUGUUAAGGAAAUGAGUGGGGAGACUAAAAAUGAUAGGAAUGAUAGAGCUAUCCGGGUGGCUACUCAGUGGUAUCAGAAUCAUCUUGGUGGUGCAGUGAAGGUUUUGCUUAUAACUAAUGAUAGAGAGAACAAACGGAAAGCUAGUGAAGAGGGGAUUUGUGCAGAAACAGUUGAGUCAUAUGUCAAAUCUUUGGACCGAACCGAUCUACUUGACUUACUGGUGCGGCCUACGUCUGAAGAUGUAGACAUGGAAGAGGUUGAAGAUCUCAGACCAUCCAAGAGGAAAGUAAUCUAUUCGGAGCAUAAGCCGAUGUCAGAAAUUACUUCCGGUUUGCAUCGUGGAAUCUAUCAUCAAGGGAAACUUCGUGUAAACCGUUACAAUCCAUUUGAAGCAUAUGUUGGCAGUGAGAGCAUUGGUGAUGAAAUAAUCAUUUAUGGGCGCUCAAAUAUGAAUCGAGCUUUUGAUGGUGAUAUUGUGGCAGUUGAACUUCUGCCACAGGACCAGUGGCAUGAAGAAAAGUCUCUAUCUAUUCGCGGUGAAGAAGAUGAGGAUGACGACGAAGAUGUUCAUCUAGCUCCAAAUAGUGCUGAUGAUGCACCGAGAACUAUUCCCCAACAAGGUUCUACUGGAGGAAUCAAUGCAGUGUGCAAUCGGCCAUCUGGUGUUGUAGUGGGCAUUAUAAAGAGAAACUGGCAUUCGUAUUGUGGAUCUCUGGAGCCAAUGCCUCUGCCUGCAGGGAGUGGUGGUGUUGCUUAUGCCUUGUUUGUUUCCAAAGAUCGUAGAAUUCCCAAAAUUCGACUCCAAACCCGCCAACUUGAAAACCUGUUGGAUAAGAGGAUUAUUGUGGCAGUUGAUUCUUGGGAUCGCCAAUCUCGUUAUCCAUCAGGCCAUUAUGUGCGAACUAUAGGAGAUAUCGGUGAUAGAGAUACUGAGAGCGAGGUGGUAUUGAUAGAAAAUGAUAUCAACACAAGACCGUUCUCUUCACAAGUGCUAGCAUGCUUGCCACCAUUGCCAUGGUCUGUCUCUUCUGAGGAUUUCUCCAAACCAAUUAGGCAGGAUUUGCGUCAUCUACGUGUCUUCAGUGUGGACCCUCCAGGCUGCACGGAUAUUGAUGAUGCACUCCACUGUUAUGCUCUUCCAAAUGGAAACUUUGAAGUUGGAGUUCAUAUUGCUGAUGUGACAAAUUUUGUACAUCCUGGAACUCCUCUUGAUGAUGAAGCUUCUCAGAGGGGAACAUCGGUCUACCUUGUUGAGCGACGGAUAGACAUGCUUCCGAAACCUCUUACAGAGGACAUAUGUUCUCUUCGGUCUGAUGUGGAAAGGCUAGCAUUCUCUGUCAUAUGGGAAAUGACACCAGAAGCAGACAUUAUUUCCAGCAGAUACACAAAAAGUGUCAUAAAAUCCUGUGCAGCACUGUCUUAUGUUGAAGCACAAGCGAGGAUGGAUGAUAGUCGAUUGAUGGAUCCGGUAACUACAGAUUUGAGGAAUAUGAAUAGUUUAGCCAAGAAAAUGAGAUUAAGACGUAUUGACAACGGAGCUUUGACACUUGCAUCUGCUGAAGUUAAAUUUCAAAUUGACACAGAGACUCAUGACCCCCUUGAUAUUGGCAUGUACCAAAUCCGAGAAGCCAACCAAAUGGUGGAGGAGUUUAUGCUUGCUGCUAAUGUUUCUGUUGCACAACAAAUUCUUAGAAGUUUUCCUUUGUGCUCAUUAUUAAGGCGUCAUCCAAUUCCAACUAGAGAGAUGCUUGAACCCUUUCUAAGAAUUGCUACUGCGGUUGGCCUGCACUUGGAUGUUUCAUCAUCGAAAGCAUUGGCUGAUUCCCUUGACCAUGCUGUGGGUGAUGAUCCAUACUUCAACAAGUUAAUCCGUAUUAUGGCAACUAGAUGCAUGACUCAGGCAGUUUAUUUCUGUAGUGGGGAUCUUAGCCCUCCAGAAUAUCAUCAUUAUGGACUUGCAGCUCCUUUGUACACCCAUUUCACUUCACCUAUAAGAAGAUAUGCGGAUGUCAUUGUGCACAGGCUACUUGCUGCUUCUUUAGGAAUAUCCAAGUUACCAUCUGUAUUUCAGGACAGGCUCCAGCUGACUAGUAUUGCAGACAAUUUAAAUUAUCGGCACAGGAAUGCUCAAAUGGCUGGGAGGGCCUCUAUAGAGCUGCACACACUUAUUUAUUUCCGUAAAAGGCCAACAGAUACGGAGGCAAGGAUAGUGAAAAUAAGAUCUAAUGGAUUUUUUGUGUUUGUUCCCAAAUACGGCAUAGAAGGACCUGUAUAUUUGACAACACGAGCUGAAAAGGGAAAUGGAGACUGGUAUGUUGAUGAGCAAGAGCAGAAGAUUAAAAAGAUGGAUGGAAGCGUUUCAUAUAGCAUUUUGCAGUCAGUCCAAAUUCACAUGGAGGUUGUGGAGCCCCAGCCUAACAGGCCAAAACUUCAGCUUACUCUCAUCUAGAGGUAUAAGAAGAACAACAUGCGUGCCGGGAAAUAUAGCUUCUAUUUAGGUUCUCGGCCCUUAAAGAAGGAUUACAACAUUGGAAUUUGCCAGCAAGAACAAGUUGUAGGAAGUAAUGUAAACAUGUAAGUUGGAGUGUGUCGUUGCUUGGAGAAACUUUGGCUGUAUGUAACUCAUGAUUUGUGGUUGAUGAGGCAUUUUUAACUAAUACAGCACAGCUAUUGGACAGUAGGACGUGAUUUUUUUUACUGCAUAUGAUGCUAUAAGCAAGUGUGUAGAGCUUAGUCAAAAUGAUUCGCGUUGGCUUAAAUGUGUCAUCAAGUAUUUUAGAGAAUAUGGAAUUUCACGAUAACCCAGUUUGUUCGAUAUCACUAUAGUUGGAUUACCCCGUUUGCGUGCUA